AUGUCUUUCAAUGCCUCUCCUGACAUCGAGUCUACACCCCCGCCCGCUGUCAGCAGCCUCCGUUCCAGGUUCGAGAAGCUUGCAGCAGACACCUCGACCGCUACCCUCCAGCGGCCACCCAGCACUCAUGUCUUUCUCGUCCCAGAGCCCUCCAGUCCUCGUCCCCGAGCCAUGUCCAACUCAGAUGACAUCAGGCCAUUCGCUGAGUCUCCUUCGCUGCGCCCCGCUUCUUCUUCUCUAGACCUAAAGGCAGCCAAGAGGCCUCCCCCACUGCCCCCCGUGCGUGGUUUGAAGGCCCCUUCUCCCGCACCGCCGAGUCCACGUCUUCUGCGUCCACCAUCCGACCAGUCACCUCUGAUACCCGAGAUCAGUCUCACUUCCGAACAUACCUCUGGGUCCCUGAAGCCCUCCGUUUUGGCCAGAAAGCCUCCCCCGCCCCCUCUGCCUCCCCACCACCCUGAAACAAAAACCGAAUCUGCCACAUUGCACAAAACGUCCGACGUUUCUCCACUCAUCGACUUGUUUGGGUCCCCGCCACCUAUUCCGGCGGCUUCCAAGCCGGUGAACGUUCCGACUCGCGUCGUGUCGCAUACCGCGACGUUAGUAUCAACCCUCGUAGCAUCUGAUAUCCGUCCAGAUUCCCUAGAAUCGUCACGCAGGCCUCGCCAUUCCUUCCCUUUCGCAGGAACAUCAACUGCUCCUUCCAGUUCUUCUUCCAUCUCCUUGGUCUCCACCGCGUCUACAUUCAAGCCGCAAGAUCCCUUCGGUGAUGAUCCAUCUGAUUCGGAAACCACCGUUUUUGCGGACCCGCCUCCGCUACCGUCUCGAAAGAACGGCACCGCAAAUGAUCUCUCGAAUGGCUCCGGUGCCCAUCCCGAACUCCAGCAGUCGCCGCAAAAUAUAUAUUCAUCAGAGAGUUCCAGCGGGACUGAUACCAACACGGUGAACAUACCCAGUCCAACACCUUCCGCACUCCUCACUCGGCCUCCUCGUCCUCCACCUCGUCCCAAGUCUUCGUUACCUGCCAGUUUAGUUGCAUCUUCAGCAUCGUCCAGUACAUCCUCGCUGCCACCUCCUCUUCCUACGCGUAAAGGAAUAUGCAUAGAGGAACCAGUACCUCGGCGCCCGCCUCCACCUCCGCGACCUUCAGUGCAGGAUAUGGACUCGCAGUCUCAUGCGAGAUCCUGUAGUGCGUCAAUUUCUCCGUCUGAGCGCAAAGCAUUUGGUGCGCAUCCGCCUCCACCGACGCGCACGAUCGGCCUUGGCGACAAGCUUCCCCCAGCUCGUCGCGCACAGUCCGGCUCCUCCAGCGAGUCCGAGGACGAUGAGCCGAAGAAGGUGGAGCUUCUACCGGACACCAGUCGCGCGUCCCGUCGCCCGCCCACCAUUGAUUGCCAUAAUUAUCACGAGUUCAACAUCCACAUACCUGCAUACACUGGCGUCGUGGCUGUGUCCGGACAUACUAUCGUUAUUGCCACGCAUCAUCAUCUGAAGAUAUAUGAUCUUUCCGUGUCUGACUCGCCCGUGUGGAAUCUCGACUCGAAAGAACUGGGGCUGGACAAGCUGAAUGGCUUCAAGGUCACUAGCAUGGAGUUCCGACCGGCGGCGAAGUUGGCGGACAGGGGGUGUUUUCUUUGGAUAGGAACGAAAGACGGACACCUUGUAGAGCUGGAUACAAGAUCAGGGACUGUCGUUGGUGCGAAGCCCUUUGCGCAUGCGCAUACGGUGACGCAUAUGUUCCGCCACGCGCAUUCAAUGGUGACCAUGGAUGACAUGGGUAAGGUCCUCGUGUUCACCCCUGAUCCAGAUAGCGGAGAGGACGUGCGCUUGACGUAUACCCAACCCCGUGUGGUCCGGAUUGCCGACCGACAGGAAUUUGCGAAGCUGGUCGGGGCCCAGCUCUGGACGUCGACGAGGGACCCGAGCAAUGGCGGCGGCACGGCGAGCAGCUCCAGAGGGCCGAUCGUGCGCGUGUACGAUAUCUUUACGCCUGGGAGCACGGGCAAGUCCUUGUUGCCUACGGAGCACCUCGGCGCUGUCACUUCUGGCACGAUUCUCCCUUCGCAGCCGGAGCACAUCUACCUCGGCCACGAGGGUGGACAUGUUAGUAUUUGGUUGCGGACAUCAGACGAUGGUGCUCCUCAGUGUCAGGAAGUCAUAAAGGUGGCCACAUCGGAUGUGAUGAGCCUGGAGGGUGUCAACAAUAGGUUGUGGUUUGGAGGUCGGAAUGGCAUGAUCGUUGCGUUCGACGUUGUGCCGAGGCCGUGGGUAGUGACAAACCGCUGGGCAGCGCAUACGAAACUUCCUGUUCUGAGACUCGCCGUGGAUACGUGGAGCAUCGAGAAGUUGAACCGGCUCAUGGUGUACAGUAUUGGCAGAGACGAGAAGCUCCGAUUCUGGGACGGGUUACUCGGGAUAGACUGGGUCGAUCAAGAGCUACUGAAACGAGAAACGGAGUUCAGUUCCUUCCGAGAUAUGAACGUGCUGAUUGUCUCCUGGAAUGUAGAUUCUGCGAAACCAGAUACCCUUACUGGAUGUCCCGAGAACGUCAACGUCCUUCAUGAUAUACUCACCAGUGUUGAUACUCCCGACAUCAUCGUGUUCGGGCUACAGGAGCUCAUUGACCUCGAGAGCCGGAAGAUGGCAGCCAAAACUGUUCUUCUCGGUGGAAAGAACAAAACACCAGACGGCACGAUUUCUCAGAAGGUGACUACUUCGUACAAAAAGUGGUACGAUCGACUGGUGUUGGCGGUACGCCAGGCAAUGCCGACUGAUAUACCAUACACGGUUAUCCAUACGGAGAACUUGGUCGGGUUGUUCAGCUGCAUAUUCGUGAAGAACACGGAACGGAUAUCUUUGAACCAUGUUGCCAUUACCACCAUCAAGCGUGGGAUGGGGGGUAGAUAUGGCAAUAAGGGUGGCAUAGUCGCCCGCUGUGUCAUUGACGACACGUCAAUCUGCUUCAUCAACUGCCAUCUUGCCGCUGGCCAACAUCACGUUCGUCAGAGGAAUGCUGACGUUGCGGCCAUCGUAGAAGAUAAAUCUGUGUUCCCCGAAUCGGAUGCGCUCCAGGGCCCGUUGGCGUACGUGAAUGGUGGUGACGGGUCGAUGGUUCUUGAUCAUGAAAUCGUUUUUAUGAACGGAGACAUGAACUAUCGCAUCGACCAACGCCGCGACGUGGUUGUCGCCGCGAUCAAGGCUGGUGACCUCGACGGUCUCCAGACUCAUGACCAGCUGCUUAAGGAGAUGAAGUUCAAUCGCGGCUUCCGUCUGCGGUCGUUCUUGGAAGGUCAUCUCACGUUUGCGCCCACCUACAAGUACGACAGACGGUCGCCGGAGUACGAUUCCUCCGAGAAGAGUCGUGUCCCCGCCUGGUGCGACCGCGUUCUCUGGCGCUCGCGUGACCCUUUGCGCGUUGAGCAGUUGCACUACAGACGCUACGAGGCGAACAUCUCCGACCAUCGGCCGAUUUCCGCUGCUUUCAGGAUGACGGUGAAGUCCGUGCACCACGAUGCGAGGGAGAAAAUCAAGGCUGAGAUUCAUGGGUUGUGGGUACAUCGCGAGCAAGGGUUGCUGCAGGCAGCCCAUCAAUUCUUUGUUGACCAGGCCAUGAUAUGA